AUGAUAGAAGAAGAGGAAUGGGCCAACGAGCAAGAGGCGAACCGCAAACCUGGUCAGAAGCACCCAACGCCUUCGCCUGGGUUCGCUGAUCGGGUUUUCUACGAGAGUCUGUUGCAGCAGCGGCCAGCCAGUCGCAUGGCACAGAAGUGGUGUCUCGAGUAUGGCGUACUUAAGUGGGCUGAGGCUGAGGCCCUCUGUAAGAAAACGGGCGUGAGUGCUCACGUGGCGGGGACUAGCAAGUCGGUAGUCAAAGUCAAGAAGCAAAAGAAGACGGCGAGUGCUGCUGGCAUUCGUCGGGUUUGUGAUGAAGAAAUUGCUGCUGAAGCCAUGGAGAUCUCGAAACAUGGUCAGGAAGGGCUCGGACGAGGAGCUCUCUAG